UCGAAGACUGAAAGCUCUGAACUAAACAUACACAAUUUAAAACCUAAUACAAAAAAUAAGUGUACAGAAACAGAUACACAUCAUACAAAGAAAAAUAAUGAUAAAACUAAUGUAUUAAUAAGAGAUUCUGAUAAGACGUGUGACAUCUACAGACUUUGAUGCUGAUAAUGAAAGUAUUUGUGGUGAGGUUGCAGCUAAAAAUAGGAAAAAGAGGAAACACUCAAAUUCCAAAAAUCAGUUAAUUAAGUGGAUUUUGCGACUCAGAAAAAUGAAGACUGUAUUAAUUCACAAAAUUCAAAGUGCCUCACUGUUGUUAAUGGUUCUAUUCAAGACAUAAAUUGUGAACAUCAUGACCAUACUAAGAAAAGUGUUGCAGAGAAGUGUUCUAAAAAUUGGAAAAAGAAUGUUUAGGUAUUGGGUGUUGACAAAAAUAAAUACUAAUGAAUCAACAUUGAAAACUGAAAAAUAAAAAAUUUAAGAGACAGUCCAAAAGAUCUAAAAAGAAAACUGCUUUGCAAAGAUGUGCUACUGGACAAAUCUGGGAGCCUGACAACAUACUAAUUUUGGAUACUGAAGAAUCAAGAGGAUUGUGGCAUGAAUAAAUGUUCCAAAUCUGGGCCAAAAAUGUGUGUGUGUAUGAAUGAAGAUACUUCGUGAACCAGAAUUGUGAUAUAGGGAGCCUGUCAUGAUUUGAUGAAAUGAAUAUCUGAGGCGUAUGCUAUUAAGAUAUUCCCUUCUGGGUAAUGGCUGCGUAUAGAUGCAGGUUUUUUGUCUUUUGUGCUCAUUCUGUAGAAGAGUAUCAAAAGAACAGCUAGAUAAAAAAUACUUGCCCCACUCAUCAGUACUAUUUGUUAACUGCUGAGUAUGAACAUUGUUUUUAGAAAAAUUGAUUGUAUUAUCCUUUCAGAUAUGCAAUGAAUAUCCAGUUGCAGUUUACAGGGCAUUUAUUUGAAAAUCUCUGCUUCCUUCAUUUGCAUAUCAGAGAAAAAGUACCAUGUACAGUUAAGACUACCUUUAGAUAAGAUGAGGUACAAAUUUUCAUCAAAGGUUGAUAAUUUUACACUAUGCUUGUCCUAAAGAAUGAUCCCCAAAUGAUUUGUGGCCUGUGAAUUUAAUUUAGGACAGUGUUCAUGAUGAUGAUGAUGAUGAUGAUGAUGAUGAUGAUGAUGAUGAUGAUGAUGAUGAUGAUGGGCAGUGAUUUGGGUAAUGACAUUGAGGAUUUAUGAAAGAGCUGUUUUGGCUAUUCAGUUUUGCGGACAUAACUGUACUGUAAAAUUGGUGCAGUUUCACAUGUCAUAAAGCAAAAGCCUCCUUCAGCAUAGUUACAGUUUUACCUGUAGAAAUGUGUUGAAUAACAAGCUCAUAUGUACACCUAACAAGUAUUGUUGAUUGUGUCGUGUGUUCAAACAGUCCAUACUGUAAUCAGCAUAAAUUUGUAAUGUGUGCCUAAUGAAGGAAAUGCGAAGGAAGAUUAAAGUUGUCAUAAAAUAGGCUAAAGAAUUGAAAAACUGUGCUGCAGCAAGGGCUUUCAGUAUAACAGAGAAGAUGGUGAGAGAUUGGUGAAAGAAUCAAGAUGCUAUUUAAGAAAUGCCAAUGAAAGUGUUCUAUGAGGAGAGGAAUAGCUUGUUAGCCAGAUUUAGAAAAUAGUGUUGCAGGAUGGGUACAAGAAGAGGCAGAAUUGUUGCUACAAGAAACAUGAUUAGGGAUUAUGCAUUGAAGUGGGUGUGAGCCAAUCCAGAGCACAGCAAAAGGUUUGAAACAGUAGGUUCGUGCAGUCAUUUCAUGAACAGAAAAACCGGGUAAAAUGGCAGAAAGCGAGUAUUGUACAGAAAUUACUGAAAGAUCUUUACUGUAAAGUUAAGAGUUAAAAGUUUAUUUACAUGAGUCGAAAUUACAACUUUCCACUAUCCCAUACUGGAAAUUUGGCUGAAACUCCAGUGGACUUAGAUAUAAUAAACAAUAGAACUGUGGAAACAAUGUGUGAAAACUGUUCAAAUCAGAAAUACAGGCCAUGAAAAGACCAUGACUACAGUAGUAUUAACAUGUGUGGCAGACAGAACAAAGAUAAAGCCUAUGGUCAUUUUAAAGUGGAAAACCAUUCCUAAAAUAAAAUUUCCACCAGGAAUUUUUGUACUAUGUCCCAAAAAGUGAUAGAUGGACAAUAAUGGUGUACAAUUGUUAGUAGAAAAUACGUGGCAGAGGCAAACAGGUGCUCUAUGAAAUCAACAAAGUUCGCUUGUGUAAGAUAUUUUUCAGUCAUAUAACUAAGAAUACAAAAAAUUACACAACUUGAAGCAAUGCUGAGAUUGCUGUUACACUGCAUAUUUUGACUUCAAUGCUAUAACCUAUAGGCGUCUAUCUUAAUAAACCAUUAAAAGACCACAUGUGUGAACAAUGGAACAAUUGGAUGAUGAGCAGUGAAAAAUCAUAAAUGACAAGUGGAGCUAUGUUGGCUGCAUCACUUGAUGUUUUGUGAUUUCAUCAUAAAAUAAUGGGAAAAAUUGAAUGUGGAAACAGUGAUCAAAUUCUUCAAGAAAUGGGGGGGGGAUUUCCGGUGCUGUGAAUAGCACUGAUGAUUUAUGGGAUACUGAUUACGAAGCAGAAAUAGAUUCACAAGCUGCAGAAUGGGAGCCAUGUUACGAGCUUGUCAACAAUGCAAAUGAGGAUGUACUUCAGGAGCUGCAUUUUUAGCCAAUGAUUGUGGGGAUUUUGGAGUGUUUUAAAUGCAUUGGUUGAAGAUCCGUACGACAGACAGAAAUGGACCGCAUGUCAUGUGUUGGACAUAAAUUGCACAGCCCUGCAGCUGAACGCAACAAAGAACCAAUUCUCGAGGUGUUAAUGCAGUACAUUUUUAACAACAAAGCAAAGGAAGAAGCUCUGACAGUACUGGAAAUAGCCUCAGGAACAGGCCAACACAUUGUGUAUUUUGCCCAAUAUUUUCCAGAUGUGCAGUUUCAACCAUCUGAAUUUGAAGAAAGCUACAUAAGAAGUAUUGGAGCAUACAUUUCUGAGAGUGGUGUCCGCAAUGUGCGUGACCCAAUUGUAAUCGAUAUACGUACUCCAUAUAGAUUCUGGGCCUUUGGAGCAUUCACAGAAAAUUCUGUGUCUUUUGUUAUCAACAUCAAUAUGAUCCACACAACUGAAAGUGAAUGCACUGAACACCUAUUCAAGAAUGUACAGAAAGUUCUGAAACCUGGUGGUCUAUUAUUCCUGUAUGGGCCUUUUGCAUUUAAUGGAGUUAUAACUCCAGAGUCUAAUGUUAGCUUUAAUCAGAGAUUAAGACAAGAGAAUCCUGCAUGGGGCCUAAGAGACGUAGAAGAUCUGAAUGUAUUGGGAUUUAAAUAUGGUUUGGCACUAAUAGCAGCACACGAUAUGCCAGCUAAUAAUCACAUGCUUGUGUGGAAGAAAAAGUAAUUUCAUUGGAGAGUGCUUUUCAUUAACAAAAUUUGUUCCACAUUUAUUUCAGUAUUAAUAAAUAAGAUGUUAAAUGUCAGUUUGGUUGUUAACAAUGCCAGAGUUGUUCCUGUGUAACAGUAUUAGCUGACACUUAGUAGAAUGUUGUGUUCUUAAAAUAAGAUUGUCCUGUUGCAUGUAUGGUUAAUGGUUUGUGUUCUAUGUUUGAUUGAUUGUUUAAAAUUGUGAAAUAAUAGAAAUAUUUGUGCUUUAUACAGGUACUAUAUAAUUUAUGCAGAUACUAUAACUGCAGGUUUUCAUUUGGUUUUGUGAAGCCAUCUGUAAAUGUCUGAGCAAAGUAGAAAAAGCAAAACUUUCAACUUUGUCAUUCAGUAGCGGAUAUUGACCUGAAACUUAAAAUCCAUAAGAGAAACUGUCAUGAUACUUCCGAUACAUCUUCCAGACACAAUGUACUCAAAUCCCACUGAUAAAGAAUCAAAUAAUGAACUGCAUAAACUCUGUGUAGCCCACAGGAAAAGUUUUUCAGAUAUUUGCAUUCUUUGAGUCUAACUAUGAAAUUUCUGAAUGUUCAAAUGAAACUGUAUCCUUUGAUCUCAAAUAAAUGUCUUUAUUGUGACUGUAA